AUGGCCAAGAGGCUCGGCAGCCCUCUGGCUGUGCUCAACUUCUUGCUUCCGAUCACGAAGCAGCUCAACAACUACACGUCCGAGAAGAUGACGAGAGACGUUGUCGUGGGGUGCACCAUGGCGACCCUUAUGAUACCACAGGGGCUGGCUUUCGCGACCGUGUCUGGCAUCCCGAUCCUUUACGGGCUCUACAUCGUGUGGGCCCCGCCCUUCUUUUACUCGCUCUUCGGGGUGAGCCUCCACGUCAGCUACGGCCCGUUCGCUCUGGUGGGGCUCUUCAUCAGCGACGCGCUGCGCAUCCGGGGCUACCAGCCGUGCGACGGACUGUGCCGCCACAAGACGGACGAGACUCAGGCUUACCUGGAGGCGUGCACAAUUAUCACCUUCAUGGUCAGCAUGUGGUACUUCCUCAUGGCCAUGUUCAACCUCGGGGAGCCCCUCGCCAUGCUCUUGGCGGAUCCCGUCAUCAGCGGUUUCGUGACAGCCAGUGCUCUCCUUGUGGCUAACUCCCAGCUGUGGGAGGUCCGCGAUACCAUAAACUGGUGGUCGGUGACUAUGGGGGUGGGCUCGAUGCUGGUCUACUUCGCCCUGCGGCGGGGCAACGCGUACAUCAAGGACAGGGGGGUGGCCGGCUUCUUCGUCCCCGAGGCCCUGACGGUGGUCAUCCUCUCCACCUUCUUGUCGUGGGCAUUCGACCUGGAAGGGACUCAAGACGUGGCCAUCGUGGGCACGAUCCCUCCGGGUCUCCCUGCUCCCAAGUUCCCUAGGCUAGACAAGCUCACCACCUUUGCCCAGGUGGAGGACAUGGCGGGCGUGGCCCUGGUGGCAGCGCUGGUUUCAUUCAUCAUCACGCACUCCAUCGCCAAGAGCCUUGCGGGGGCACAGGAGAUCAAGGCGACGCCGCAGCUGCUCGCCUUUGGAGUUGCCAAUCUCGCCGGGUCCAUCUUCUCCGCCCUGCCUGGUUCGGCGUCUCUCAGUCGAGCGGCCAUCAUCGACGCGCUCGGCGCCCGCACCAUCAUCCACAACGUCUUCACGUUCUCCCUCAUGACGCUGGUGCUGCUGUUCCUCAGCCCGCUCCUGAAGCGCCAGCCCGGGGUGGAGGUGAUUCGCUUCGGCGCUUCCCUGACGUUCGCCAACAAGGACGUCUUCCGCCGUGCGGUGAUCAAGGUGGUGGAGAAGGCGGACGCCGAACGCCGCCUGGCGGAGUCGCAAGGCAGGCCGCCAAAGGUUGCUCUCCAGUACGUUAUUUUAGACAGCAGUAGCAUCCACGACCUCGACUCCAGCUCCUUGAAGACGCUGGAGGGGCUCGUGGCUCUGCUGGUCGACAGAGAUCCUCCGAUAGAGAUGUUCCUCGCUCCCGUCAGCGACCCGCUCAUGAUGCAGCUGCGCAAGUCCCCGUUGCUGUGCGCGACGCUAGGGCGGAGGUACUUCCUCUCGACCGCCACCGCCGUCACCUACGCCCUGCAGCAGGUCGCGGCAGGCCAGCUGGUUGCCCCCGCGAGCCUGUACCACAAGGUGAUGAGCUCGAUCAGCCUUGGCAACCUCGACGAGGGGGACCUGGACGACAUCUAGCUAAACUCACCUUUUGUGGUGGAGUUUCAAGGUGCUACAUGGUAGCCUUAGAGAAAGAUGUGUUUUCUGUGGGAUCUCCGCGUGAUGUUCAUCCCCGGAGAUGCUUGGCAUGAGGCGGGAACAAGCAGGUUCUGGACGACGCGUAUCGGGCUGGAACCUCUGUUGUGAUCCUGAUCCUCUAGCCCAACGGAAGAGUAACUGAGGACCGGUCGGUUGAGGACGGUUUGGAUUGUAUGGAAGAGGAGCCACUGCCGGUAUUUCUCCUCGCACACGGUCAGCGCCCUGAGUCUCUCAUGCGCCGUACCUAAGCCCAGGGAAGUAGAUUUGGGAGGGACAUGUGGCAGAGGGGACCGAGGACGUAAGCGCUGGUGAUCCAGGCCGAGCCAGCAAAUUAUACGGAAGCGCAGACGAACCGGGGCACAUAACGUGAGCAUGAGCGGCCGGGAAGCGCAUGUCCUUGCUCUCGCACUCUCUGGUGCACGCUUGAUCGACGAAACGGUUGCACCUUAUAUAUGCGGCGGCUGUCCUCUUUCUGAGGAUGUGGUGACACUUUGGGUGUGCCCGAACUUGAGAACGGAGCAGCCUGGCGAGUGAGGUAUAUUUGUUUGUGUGGGAAACAGGUGGAGGUAGGGGUUGGGUAUCAACCGCGUUUUCCCCUGGAUCAUAUCGGUAAUACCUUGGUAAACCAGGCAGAAAGAGGUAAGAGACGGUUUGGUUUGUGAUUUAGUGGUGUGUUUUUCGUGGCGAGCCAUAGACCCAGGCCUGCACGCAUAGGGCUACACGUUUUUUUUGGGGGGUAUCACUUGUGACUGCGAUGGAUGUGGCUUGCUCGACAGCGAAGGUUUCUCGGCAUUCCGUUUUCGGUUGGGCACGGUGUUAGUUGGUUGAUGGGCCCAUUUUCGUGUUCCGUAUAUUUCACAGCGGUAAGAGAAACUUUUACGCUCUGGACAUAUAUUUGACGGCCGCGUGCGUCUUGUUGCUGUUUCUGUUGGUUAUGUUGUCGUCGCUAUUGUCGUCGUCAGAUGUUUUAACAUCAAGGUAAAUUAAUGCCAUUUUGCGUGUUUGUUGGGGUUCGGGUUGUGUUUUAGCCGAGAUAGAUGGCUAGCGGGGCUUUGUGGGUGAAAGUGAUGGAAGUCUGGAACAGACGGAAGGAUUUUCAGUUGGGACUGUGUCUCAAAGUCGGUGGUGCAGCCGUUCUGCUGUGCAACCAACGUGGUGUCCUGUUCGACGCACGAAUCACGGGUGGUAUCAUUGUUGUGUACCCGGCUUCCGAAACGGUGUGAUUGUGAUGGGUGUUUUCCAGGUUCUGCACUAUCCACAGGCGUCGAUCUCAACACUGCCGUUCUUCCGACGACAGAGUGCUUUCGACAUUUUCGGUAGGCUCUAGCUGGUGUGCGGUAAAUGCCGCUGAAAGGGGAUGAAUGACCCGACUACUUGUCGCACGAGACGCUUAUGCGUGACGGCUUUUCUGAUUAGAACACUUACAUCGGCAGGGAGUGGAAGCAAGUGGUGAACCCUCUGCUUCGGUGGAGCAUUGAAGCUCAACCACCCGGAGCAUGACUAGAGACCACGAGCUUUCGCGAAGCGAUUCUUUGUGAACGCUUCCAUCGCUACAUGUAAGCGAGUUGGUUUCGGAGGGAAGAUGUUGGGAGUAUCAACGCAUUGGG